AUGGAGAACAUAGGGGAUCUCUAUAACGUGUAUAUCUAUGUAUGUAACGUGUGUAUCUAUGUCUGUAUCUCUAGGUCUGGGCAUGGAGAACAUCGGGGGAUCUCUAUAACGUGUAUAUCUAUGUAUGUAACGUGUGUAUCUAUGUCUGUAUCUCUAGGUCUGGGCAUGGAGAACAUAGGGGAUCUCUAUAACGUGUGUAUCUAUGUCUGUAUCUCUAGGUCUGGGCAUGGAGAACAUCGGGGGCAUCUUCGUGGUGCUGAUCUGCGGCCUCAUCCUGGCCGUGUUCGUGGCCGUCAUGGAGUUCGUCUGGUCCACCCGCCACUCGGGGUCCGACGAGGUACACACGCCCCUUCACCACCCCUCCUCCUCCUCAGGCCACGCCCACUGCCAACACACCCCAGUGUCCGUCUGUCAGGAGAUGAUGUCAGAGUUCCGGAACGCCGUCUCCUGCAGGAAGAGCUCGCGGUCGCGGCGCCGCCGGCCACUGACCGGCUCGGCGGGGGGCGGAGUCCUGAGGCCCCGCCCCCGGCCCCGCCCACUGCGGCUGGUGAGGGACGUGCGCUUCAGCAACGGCCAGCUGUGCGGCCUGGGGGGGGGCUUCGGGCCCCCGGGGGGGGGCUGGACCCGGGGCCCGGCCCCCACCGCCUCCUGGUGGAGGACCCGUUAGGGGCCGACGUGGGCCCGCCGGCCCCUCCCCCGGCCCCUCUGGCUCCUCCCCCCACCGCCAAGCCCCUCCUCCCCAUGCUGUCGGCGCCGCCCCCCCCGGUGGCCCCGCCCCCGCUGGCCGCCCGGGUCUGCCAGGAGUGCCGCCGCAUCCAGGCGCUGCGGCCGUCUCACCCGUCUCACCCGUCUCACCCGCCGCCCCCGCCCUCCUCCUCCUCGCUCACCCCUCUGGCCCUGUCGCCGCGGCAACACCACCACCACUACCACCACCACCACCAGCACCACCAGCAGCACCCCCACCACCACCUCCUCCUGCAC